CCUGGAUUUGUUGGUGAAAUCAGCUCUUGUGUUGAAUGAUUCUGGGGCUGAUCAGACAGAAAGAUAUGAGUACACACAGGCUACACCUGCUGCAGCUGCUAGAAUGACAGAAGACUCCUCCGUUGUAUGUAAAGUGCAGGGGACCCCUCGUCUGCCUGCGUUUUCCAAGGAUGGUGACUAUGUUAUCGGUGGACUGUUCUCCAUUCACUACAACAUGGAGGCAGUGAAGCACAACUACACGGCCUUGCCUGAGUCACUCAAGUGCAUGGGGAGACUUGAACCACGUGAAUUGCAUUUUGCACGUGCAAUGAUUUUUACUAUUGAGGAAAUUAACAACAGCUCAAAGCUACUUCCAGGCAUCAGGCUCGGUUAUGAGAUCCAUGAUGCUUGUGCAUCAGUUGCCAUGGUUGUGAAAAUUGCCUUCCAGCUUUCAAAUGGCCUGGACCCUGUGUUUUAUGCUGGUGACAACUGCUCACUGUCUGGUAUGAUGAUGGCUAUUAUUGGUGAGUCUGGGUCCACGCCAUCCAUCAGCAUGUCACGCGCCAUUGGGCCAUUUAAUAUUCCACAAGUGAGCCACUUCGCCACUUGUGCAUGUUUGUCAAAUAAGCAGCAGUUCCCCAGUUUCUUCAGGACAGUACCCAGUGACCAGUUCCAGGCUGAAGCUCUGGCUAAACUGGUGAAACAGUUUGGCUGGACUUGGAUCGGUGCCAUCAGGUCAGAUUCAGACUAUGGGAAUAAUGGGAUGGCAGCUUUCCUGAAGGUGGCACACAAAGAGGGGAUCUGUGUAGAAUACUCUGAAUCCUUCUACCGUAACCACCCACGCAGCAGGAUCCAGAGAGUGGCUGAUGUCAUACGCAGGUCAACAGCCACAGUUAUUGUGGCAUUUGCAGGCUAUGGAGAAUUGAAAUUACUGAUGGAGGAACUGACUAUUGAGCCUUCCCCACCUCGCCAGUGGAUUGGCAGUGAAGCCUGGGUGACUCACCCAGACAUGCUGAGGUUCACCUUCUGUACCGGUGCUUUGGGUUUUGGUAUCCCAAGAUCUGUCAUCCCAGGUCUCAGAGGAUUCUUGCUGGAUCUGUCCACUGCUAAAGUGGCAGAGUCCCCAGUACUGACUGAGUUCUGGGAGGAUGCUUUCAACUGCAGCCUAGUAAAAAGUGCAGCAUCAAACAAACGCACAUGUGAUGGAAGUGAAGACAUAAAAAAGCUCCAGAACGCCUACACUGACACCUCUGAGCUGCGUGUCACUAACAUGGUGUACAAGGCUGUUUAUGCAGUUGCUCAUGCCAUUCACGAUGUUGUGUGUCAGGAGAUUAAUUCUACAACUCAGUGUGACAAACUCACCAGGACAGAGUCCAAACAGAUUGUUGCUGCUCUAAAAAAUAUCAACUUCUCUCAAAAUGGUUAUCAUGUGUCAUUUGAUGCCAACGGGGAUCCUGUGGCCAUGUAUGAGCUGGUUAACUGGCAGAAAAGUAAGAGUGGCAGCCUUGAGAUGGUGACAGUAGGAUACUAUGAUGCUUCACUGCCAGAGGGCCAAGAGUUCCACAUCUACCAGAACCUCACCUGGAUGGAGGACAGGACACAGGUGCCUGUGUCAUUGUGCACUGACAGCUGUCCUCCAGGAACUCAUAAAGUGCUGCAGAAGGGAAAACCCAUCUGUUGUUAUGACUGUGUCCCAUGUCCUGAGGCAGAGAUUAGCAACACCACAGAUUCACUCAAUUGUUUCCUUUGCCCAAAAGAAUUCUGGCCUAAUGCAGAGAGAGACACUUGUUUGCCAAAGCCUGUGGAGUUUCUCUCUUACAACGAAGUUCUAGGAAUCAUCUUGGCUACAUUCUCUGUUGGUGGAGCUUGCCUGGCUGUUAUUACAGGAACUGUGUUCUAUCAGCACAGAACAUCCCCCAUAGUCAGAGCCAACAACUCUGAGCUGAGCUUCCUGCUGCUCUUCUCCUUGACACUGUGCUUCUUAUGCUCAUUAACCUUCAUUGGAGUCCCCUCAGAGUGGUCCUGCAUGCUGAGACACACAGCGUUUGGCAUCACCUUCGUCCUCUGCAUCUCUUGUGUUCUGGGGAAAACUCUAGUUGUGUUGAUGGCCUUCAAAGCGACACUACCAGGCAGCAAUGUCAUGAAGUGGUUUGGUCCUCCACAGCAGAGAAUGACUGUGGUGUCUUUCACAUUUAUCCAAGUUUUAAUUUGCAUUAUUUGGUUGCUUCUUCGACCACCAUUUCCAAUGCAAAAUUUAACCAUGUACAAGGACAGAAUCAUCCUAGAGUGUGCAUUAGGUUCAGUAGUUGGGUUCUGGGCUGUGUUGGGCUACAUAGGCCUGCUUGCUGUCUUUUGCUUUGUGUUGGCUGUUCUAGCACGAAAACUCCCUGAUAAUUUCAAUGAAGCCAAGUUCAUCACCUUCAGCAUGCUGAUAUUCUGUGCAGUCUGGAUCACCUUUAUUCCAGCUUAUGUCAGCUCUCCUGGGAAAUUUACUGUGGCUGUGGAGAUAUUUGCUAUUCUGGCCUCCAGUUUUGGAUUAAUACUGUGCAUAUUUGCUCCAAAGCUUUUUAUUAUAUUGUUUAAACCAAAGAAAAACACCAAGAAACAUGUAAUGAAAAAGAAUUAAAUCUAGGAUUGCUGAAAAUAUAGUUUGUGUUAUGUUAAAUGGUAUAAAUGUUAUCAAUCUGACA